AUGCGGCAGCCCACCGUCACCAUCGGCCGCAACUCGUCGCAGGGCUCGGUGGACCUCAGCAUGGGCCUGUCGAGCUUCAUCUCGCGGCGCCACCUGCAGCUCAGCUUCCAGGAGCCGCACUUCUACCUGCGCUGCCUUGGCAAGAACGGCGUCUUCGUGGACGGGGCCUUCCAGCGGCGCGGCGCGCCCGCCCUGCAGCUGCCCCCGCAGUGUACGUUUCGGUUCCCCAGCACAGCCAUAAAGAUCCAGUUCACAUCACUGUACCACAAAGAAGAAGCCCCAGCGUCUCCCCUCCGGCCGCUCUACCCUCAGAUCUCCCCGCUGAAGAUCCACAUUCCGGAGCCGGACCUCCGGAGCAUGGUCAGCCCUGUGCCCUCCCCAACUGGCACCAUCAGUGUUCCCAACUCCUGCCCGGCCAGCCCACGCGGCGCGGGGUCCUCCGGCUACCGCUUCGUCCAGAACGUGACCUCGGACCUGCAGCUGGCCGCGGAGUUUGCUGCCAAGGCCGCAUCAGAGCAGCAGGCAGACGCGUCUGGAGGGGACAGCCCAAAGGAUGAAUCAAAGCCCCCCUACUCGUAUGCACAGCUCAUUGUGCAGGCCAUCUCCUCGGCCCAGGACAGACAGCUGACACUAAGUGGGAUCUAUGCCCACAUCACCAAGCAUUAUCCCUACUACCGGACUGCUGACAAGGGCUGGCAGAAUUCGAUUCGACACAACCUCUCUCUGAACCGUUACUUUAUCAAAGUCCCACGUUCCCAGGAGGAGCCUGGUAAGGGUUCUUUUUGGCGAAUAGACCCUGCCUCAGAAGCCAAACUCGUGGAGCAGGCAUUCCGGAAACGGAGGCAGAGAGGCGUCUCCUGCUUCCGGACUCCCUUCGGGCCCCUGUCAUCCAGGAGUGCUCCUGCCUCACCCACCCACCCCGGGCUCAUGUCCCCACGCUCCACUGGCCUGCAGACCCCAGAGUGCCUGUCCCGGGAGGGCUCGCCCAUUCCGCAUGACCCAGAUUUUGGGUCAAAGUUAGCGUCCGUUCCCGAGUACCGGUAUUCCCAAAGUGCACCUGGCUCACCAGUCAGCACCCAGCCGGUCAUCAUGGCAGUGCCGCCCCGGCCGUCCAGCCUGGUGGCCAAGCCCGUUGCCUACAUGCCGGCCUCCAUCGUGGCCUCCCAGCAGCCCACGGGCCACGCAAUCCAUGUGGUGCAGCAGGCGCCCACCGUCACCAUGGUCAGGGUUGUCACCACAUCUGCCAGCUCCACCAACGGCUACAUCCUAGCCAGCCAGGGUGUGGCCGGCGGCACCCACGACACCCCAGGCACGGCUGUGCUGGACCUGGGCAGUGAGGCCAGAGGCCUGGAGGAGAAGCCCACCAUCGCCUUCGCCACCAUCCCUGCCACCAGCCGUGUCAUUCAGACGGUGGCCAGCCAGAUGGCCCCGGGCGUCCCUGGACACACAGUCACCAUCCUGCAGCCAGCCACCCCAGUGACCCUUGGGCAGCACCACCUGCCGGUACGGGCUGUCACCCAGAACGGGAAGCACGCCGCCCCUGCCAGCGGCCUGGCCAGCAGCGCUUACGCCCUCACCAGCCCCCUGCAGCUCCUCGCGGCCCAGGCUAGCUCAUCCACUCCUGUGGUGGUGACACGCGUGUGUGAGGUGGGCCCCGAGGAGCCACCAGCCGUGGUCACAGCAGCUCCACCCCCACCACCGCUGCCCCCACUGCUGCCAUCUCCCCGACUGGGGAGCCUGAGAUCAAGCGGUCCCGGGUGGAGGAGCCUGGUGGGACAGCAGCUGCGCAGGCCGGCGUGAUCGCGGCCGCUGGCCCCCAGGGCUCAGGCUCCGGAGAGUGACAGCCCACAUCGUGAAUCUGAAGCGGGGGUGCGGCCGAGCCCGCUGCGCUCAUGGACGUGCGUGGGCAGCGCAGCCCGGAGCCCACAGUGCCCAACGUGUCAGGAGUGACCCACCACACACCCGGGACACGCAGUCACUCCACCUUUUAUUCUGCCCUCCCCGUGGUCAAACACAAACAUAAACACAUUCAGACAACUGAUUGUAUGGUUCUGGAAAUUCUUUUCUUCUCUUCCCUUCGCACCUUCUCUUCCCUCAGCCUUGCUCUCAGGGGCACGGAGGGGAAGGUUGUAGUCCAGCAUUCAAGGAGUGUACCCCAGCAGAUGUGCCAUGAGGAGCAGGCCACCCUGUCCAUGCCCUGGCACCCCCAUCCUCUCAGCUUAGUGGGCAUGGAAGGAGAGUGUUGCCCGGAAGACUACACAGCGCUGGAGGGACGGAUGUGGCCUGGUCAUAGCAGGUCCAUGAAGCUGCACUCACCAGCAUGGACAUAGGCAGGGCACAGCAGGUUGCCCAGCUUCUGAUCACGUGGGACGCCUAGGAGCUGUUGGCAUUAACCUGGGGUCUGGUGUGGCUCUCAGACCCCAAGUACUCCGCAUUAUGUGUCAGCGUGGAAUUCAGGUGCAAUCGCAAGUCAGAGGCAAAUUCGUGUUCCUGAGGCUCCUGCAUGGAUAGUUGACAGUGUCAGUCGGGCGCUUGCUGGCCCCAUCCCCUCGGAGGUGGACAUGCCUUGCUGGGUGAACUCAAGGAAGACAAGGUGGAAGGUCAGCCCGAGCCAGUGGGCCAGGGCUCCCCACCCUCAUGUUGCAUCAGCUCAAAGUUGGGGCACCUGGUGCUGGAGGUAGAAAGAGGUUACUGGCUCCAUGUGGAAGAGAGAGCCACAAGGGCAUUCACAGGGUUGCUGUGUUGGGGAGCGGCAGCAGCCUGACUCUGUGCCCGAGGUCAGGGCCAUACCUGCAGUGGGACCUGGUCAUUCUUCUCUUGAGCCAAAUCAGUUUCACUCACGCCCAGCGCCUGCCUGCUGUUUGAAGUCCGAGCCGUCUCUUCUGCCUGAAGCACCAGGGCCCUAGGUCAGUCAGCAGGAGGAAGACUAUCUCCCAGAGCAGCGUGGGGGUCGUGUGCCCGCCCCAGCCCACCUCACUGGCUGUUCAGUCCUGGUGUGACAUGGUGAGAGGCCAUGCUCUCCCGGCCCCGUGGAUGGCCUCUUGUGCCCCACAGCCUCUGAGGCCCAAGCCCUGCUAGCAGUCCGAGCCCGGGCCACAGACUUGUAGCCAGUUUGGGGUAGGACUGCAGCCCCUCAGCUGCACCUGGAGAGCGUGUUCAGGAAACGGUGGGUGCGUGCGUGUAAGCGUCCUUCUGAAGCCUGACAGGCAUUCUGGUGUUGGCUCUUAACAGUUGUGGCCACAACCAGAAACAGCAGCAACAAAAUCUAACGAAGCCCCAGAGUCUCGGAAGAAACAGGCUUCUCCGGGAGCCCUCCUGUCCCUUCCCCAAGCACCGCGGCCACCAGGUUUCCCUGCAAGGUGGCCGAGGGCCAGAACAGACAGUCACACAAGAGUAGGUGCAGACUGAGCUGUUCUGGUUUAAAAUGGUUUUAAGGAGCCGCAGGCAAACUGGGUGUUCUUGGCCGGGUGUGACCAGGGCACCGGUCCCUGCACGGGAUGGGGUGCAGGGCUCUGCCUGUCUCGAUGUCCACAAGGCCAGCAUCACUGAGGCCACCUGGGCCCCCACCGUGGGCAAUGAGGUGCUCCAGCAUUCCCUCUGACGGGUAGGGGAGCACGCUUUCCAGGCUGUUGUUCAAGCCCUCAGACCGGUCGUUUUUAUGGCACUAAACUUUAGAUGGAAAUAAGCUUCUGUGUGGUGUCCACUCCUAUUGCCACCCAUAAAGCUCUGAGGGGUGCAGACGGGCUGAUGUCAGCGUGUGAGUGUCAUCGAGGCAGAGGCUGCAGUUGGGUGGGGGUGUGCUCUGCACCUCUGUAUGCACCUGUGUUCUGUGUGAACAUCCACCCUGCAGUGACAUUUCCUGACCCAUGGCCUUGAAGCCCAGGGUGUGGACCGUGCCUCCGGGUCUCCUGCUGCAUCUGUCCCUUCUGGGCUGGGUGACUGCACAGAUGUGCCUCCUCUGAGAGCCGGUGUGGUCUGCAGGGGACACCUAGGGCGACCACACACAGCUCUGGGAGUUUUGGCCUCUGCCAGAUCUGACCCUUUGCUUUCCUGACAUUGACAAGUUUGGUUUCUGUCCAUUACGAGUACCAGUUCCAUAUACCAUAAGGAGGAGGGAGUGACAGGACGGGACGCAGGCUGAGGGCCCGUGGGUGACUGCCCUGCAUAGGAUCUGCAUUCUUAGCUUUGCUGGGUCCAAGAGGUGGGAACGGUUAGGGUACAGGUCCUGUGGAGUCAGCUCAGACCCAGAGUGGGGCCAGGGGGUGAAGCCUCCGUGGUUCGUAAGUAAGGGGCUUCUUGAUGGGGGCUUGGUCACCAGCCAGGUCACGUGCCUGGCUGAUUCCACAACCUGACCUGGAACUGUGAGCCAAAAGGCCCCGGAAGGGCCAGUGGCCAGAGGAGAUGCAGCCCCAGGCAGAAAGGCUGCCUAGCACCCCAGAGCCAAGCAUACGAUGGCCCCCAGGAGCCCCGAGCCAAGGGGCCGGGAGAACCUCCAUGUCAGGAGUGGCCAUUCAUUCCACAGUGUGGGCGGCACUGCAGCAUCAUCCUGGACUGAGCGGGUAGGCAUCCCAGCUGGUGCCUUCCCUCCGGCACCUCAGUCCUGCCAGGGGACUCACACUUGCUUUACUUUCAGGUGCUGUGCCCCCCCGGGGAGCCAACUCACCUCUGGACUGAGGUUAG